CCAAAAUAUUGUUAUUAGGUGAGUAAAUAAUUAUUAUUGGAGAAAAAUAAUUUAUCACAAAUAAUAAUAAACAAUUAUCCUAUAAUGUAUGUCCCCUCCCUCAUCCCUCCACACCACAUAACCAAAAGAAACGAAAAAAGAAGCCUAUGUUAGAAGGAUUCUCGUUUUUCAGGGGAGGCAGUCAAGGAACGAAAAAUGUAAAAUUUUUGAAUAAAAGAGGUCUUGAAACCGUUGAGGAAUAUUUAAAUAAUAAAAAAUAUGGUGAUAACCGAAAAAUGCGGAGAAGCCAUUUAGGCUUACGUGGAGGGGUCGGUUUUCCAAACCCCUUUAAUAUUUUUAAAGAUAAAUAAAUAAUACAUUUCUUUAGCUGCCUUUAUAUGGGCAUUAUUAUUAUUGAAUUUGUUUGAUUGUUGGAAGUUGUUUUAUUUUCCCCGGAAUUUCUUUGUUUGUUCACCUGCCUGCCAAGUUGCCAACUGCGGCUAUAUUGGGUUAGAGAACAGUUGGGCCCAGAAGGAGUGGAUAAUGUUUUGAGCCCAAUCAAGCAUUAGCCCUAGCCCGUCAGAAUAAGAAGAGGCGCAGGCCUCAUUAUACUCGCCUCCUCGGUUACCAUGGCCCUUCCAAAGCUGCUCCAAUUCAACUUCUUCCUCUCCAACCCCAACUCUGCCAAUUCACAACAUUCCAUCGUCCCCAAAAACCCGCCCACCGUCCGGUGCCGCCCGGCCGCCGUUCCACCUCAUUUUGCCGAGAAAUGGAGCGCUGACAGUUGGAGAACGAAGAAGGCAUUACAGCUGCCGAAAUAUCGAAACCAGACAAAUGAUAUUGAAGAGUUUCCCCCACUGAUCACCCCAGUGGAAGCCAGGAGUCUCCAUGAGAGGCUGGGAGAUGCUGCCUUCGGAAAGGCUUUCCUUCUCCAAGGCGGCGGGGACUGUACAGUAGCAGAGAACUGUAACGAAUUCAAUGGUGAUCGUAUCAAGGACACUUUCAACAUCUUGCUUCAGAUGGCCACUCUUCUCAUGUUUCGCGGCCAAGUCCCUAUUAUCAAGGUGGCGAGAAUGGCUAGUCAAUUUGAGAAUACAAGCUACAAGAGGGACAAUAUCAAUGGUGAUGAGUCAAGGAUUCCAUAUCCACAUAAGAUGAUCAAGACAUACGGCCGAUCUGCAGCCACGCUCAACCUGCUUAGAGCAUUAGCCACUGGAGGGUUUGCUUCCAUGAAAAGGGUUACACAAUGGAAUCUCGAUUUUGCUGAGAUGGGAGAUAGGUACCAAGACUUGGCGAAUCAGGUUGAUGAGGCCUUUAGGGCUCAUGGAAGCUGCCGGGGUACCAAAAGAACACCCCAGCAUGGCAAGAGCAGAGUUCUGGACUUCCCAUGAGUGCUCGAUGCGGAUUAAUUCCCAAAAUACAGUAAUAAUUAAAAAAAAUUCCCAGAAUACCAAACUUUUAAAAAAAAUUCCCAAACUACCAAAGUUUGACAUAGUUCGAGUUUACAAAACUCGAACCAGCAGUGGAUCGAUUGUCAAAAACACGAUCCAGGUGAAUCGAGGAUGGGACACUCGAACCACAUGAAGUGGAUCGAUGAGCUGGGCAGCGCUCCACCAUAGAUCGAUUUACUAGGACGCGAUCAGGGUCGUUCGAUUGCUCAACCAUCGAAGCAGUGAUGACACGGAUCGAGUGCGGUAAAUUCGAGGUAGGUGGAUCGAGUCAGCUAUAAUCGAUCCAGUUGACGCGGAUCGAUGACGUCAGGCGCGCCCAACCGUUGAUCGAGUGGUCUAAACUCGAUCUAGGCCGUCCGACUGUCAAACCCGCGAAGCAGGGAUGACGCGGAUCGAGUGCGUCAAACUCGAUGACGCGGAUCGAGUGUCUAAAACUCGAUGCAGUGGAUCGCUGAUGUCAGCAUCGAUCAACCGUUGAUCGAUUACCCUAAGCUCGAUCUGGUUCGUUCGAUGCGCCUAACCACGAUCUGCUUUUGACGCGGAUCGAGUGCAUAAAAAUCGAUGCACUUG